GCCCCCCUGCCUGCGCCCCUCUGGCCGGCGGGCGGGCGCCGUGGCCCCUGAGCCACCCUUGGCGGCGGCGGUGGUGGUGGUGGUUGGCCGCCCGCCCGCCGCGCACCAUGUUCCCCAGCCCGGUGAGCAACAGCAGCAGCAGCAGCACGCCCUUCUCGGUGAAGGACAUCCUGAGCCUGGAGCAGCAGCAGCAGCAGCAGCAGCCGCCCUUGGCCUCGCUGGAGCUGGCGGCCCUGGGCUCGCCCCCCUCCUGCAUGCUGGCCGCCUUCAAGCAGGAGCCCUACCCGCCGCCCGAGGAAGGGGGCCCGCUCCCCCACGGCCCCAGGACCGGAGCCCACCCGCCCUGCCCCGCCGCCAAGCACGACCCCCGCCCCGACAAGAAAGAUCUGUGCGCCCUGCAGAGGUCCCUGGAGCAGGAGAAGAGGGAGGCCGAGGAUCCGGAGCGGCCCCGGCAGAGGAAGCGCCGGAAACCCCGCGUGCUGUUCUCGCAGGCUCAAGUCUACGAGCUGGAGCGCCGCUUCAAGCAGCAGAAGUACCUGUCGGCCCCGGAGCGCGACCACCUGGCCAACGUGCUGAAACUCACCUCCACGCAGGUGAAGAUCUGGUUCCAGAACCGCCGCUACAAGUGCAAGCGCCAGAGGCAGGACCAAAGCCUGGAGAUGGUGGGCCUCCCGCCGCCACGCAGGAUCGCCGUGCCGGUGCUGGUCCGCGACGGGAAGCCCUGCCUGGGGGACUCCUCGCCCUACGGCUCGCCCUACAACGUCAGCCUCAACCCCUACGGCUACGGCGGCUACCCGGCGGCCUACAGCACCUACAGCAACGCCGCCGGCGCCGCCUGCCAGGCCACCUACAGCUGCAGCUACCCGGCCGUGCAGGGCGUCCAGCCCGCCGCGCCCGGCGGCAACUUCAUGAACUUCGGCGUGGCGGACUUGAACCCCGGGCCCGGCUCCAUCCCCCAGGGGAACGGCGGCAUGGCCACCUUGCACGGCAUCCGGGCCUGGUAGCCGUUCUUCACAGCCCAGCAGCGGGGAGCAGGGCCCGGGGGCUGAGCCCUGGGGACUGGGGCCGCCAUAGGAUGGACUCCAAACCCCGGACAGCGCCCGGGAGAGAGGAUCCCGAAGAACGGGGAGCCCACCCCCACCCCAUCCCCGCGGGUCCUGCCUGGGUCGACGGGGCCUCAGCUCUCGUCCGCUACUCCGGCGGCCCAAGGGCAGUCCCGAAGAUCCUGUGGCACCUUCUUAAUCGACGGUGUCCCGCCGAAGCCCUCGAUUUCUGGGCCAGGUCGGAGAAGGCGUGUUUUGACUUUGUGCUUGAUGGACAGGAACCCGGCGGGAGCGACCCGACCUGGGCACCCGGCCGGCCGCCAGCCAAGCCGGAUGGCCAGAUUUCUCUCGCCCGCAGGGCCCCAGAGUGGACCGGAGCGGACCAGCAGGAAGCUCUCCCACCCCGACCCCCUUUUAACCGCCUAGUUCCCAGUCUGUUCAGGUGCUGAAGGAGGACCUCCCCAUCCCGCCCUGAGUGCGGAUCCUGUUCAGGUCAAGCUGGGGACUAUAGCUCAGGUGUGGGGUCUUGCGGGGUUGUUUCGUCGUGUGUGCGUGUGCGUGCGUGUGCGUGUGUUUCUCCAUCGGACUCGGCCCGCCUCUCUUGCUGCAGGACCUGGCCAGGGAAAUAGGGGGGGGGGGGGUAGUUGAGGCAGAGACUGAACCGCGCCGGAGCCGAGAGGUCCCACCAGCAUGAAGGAAACCAGCUUCCUGUCGAGUUGUGCACUAAACCCGUGAUGGAUGGCCUGCUGGGCGCGGUGUGCUUCGGCGGCAGCCGUGCGCCGUUUCCCUUUUUGCUGUACCGGGAUGACGGGGCGGGCGGGCCGAGGGGCAUUAAAGCGAGAGUGCCUUGA